AGGCUGAAAUAUUUGUUUGUCAUGAUGACAGCACGUUGAAGUAGAAUGACAGAUGAGUGCAAUAAAAACUUUAUUGCACUGGUGCAAUAAAGAACUUCUUUUCCCACUAAAUAUAGUACAAUGAAGUUUUGCUUUUUGCAUGAAUGUAGAAAAAUUAAUUAAAAGAUAACCAUCCGAUCGAGCUGAAAUUUCAAACUCAGUUGUAAAAUAGUGAAACAAAAAAGAUAUUAUUUAUAAAAUUUCAAUAACUCCGAAUCUUACGUUAAAAUCACUGAAAUUCUGUAUGAACCUAAUACCUACUAAGCUUCUGGAAUGGAGAAUUCAAUUGAAUUUUUUCGAAGUGAUGACGCUCUGAACCACAAAAUCUGAUUGCGGAAUUUCUAAAAAAAAAUAUUUGCAUGUUGGGGUGAAAAAGCCCCCAGUCGUUUCUUAAUAUUUUUCAAUUCCACGCAUUUCAUUCAAAUAACAGAGACCUAGCAAUUCGAUUUCUGAAAACAUAAAUUCAUACUUCGAUUUGAUGAUCGUGUCAUUCGAUGACAUAGCACAGAAAUUCAAUCACAGAUUUUUAUGUUUUCCAUGGUUUUGCCUCUUCAAUAUUCCAGUUACGUUUCGAUCAUAGAUCAAAGAAAUUCCAAAACCCCGCCUACCAUUUAUUGAUGAUUGUUGGUGAACUGAAUUAUUAUUAUUCUAUGAUAGGUACUGACUUGCAAGAAUACGAGAUUCACGUGAAUCAAUCAAUUUUUCUCCAGAUAGGUAAUCAUUUUUAAGAUUCAUGAUGUCUCAUCAGUCAAUUGCUAACAUUGAAGAUGAAAAUGAAGGACAAGGAAGAAAAUGAAUCAAAAUAAAUCUAAGUUUAUAAUGAUGAAAAGCUCUAUCACAUUGAGGAAUGAAUCUAUCGAUUUUAUGAUGUCCCAUCAGCCCAUUGCUAACAGUGAAGAUGGAAAUAAAGGACAAUGAAGUUCUAGGAAAGGAAUGAAACAAAAAGAAUCGAAGUUUAUAAUGUCGAAAAACCCCCUUUCACAUCAAGGAAUAAACCCAUCGGUACGUCUACAAAAAUGAUGUGGUUAGAAGAUAUCAAGAAUAUAACAAACAUUGAAGACUCGGACAGUGAUGAAAGUGAGUGUAGUACAGAAGAAAUUCCUAUUUGGGUCAGGGGAGAACAAAGAUGGGUGUCAGGGAUCAUUCCAGAAACGACAUGUCAAGAAAUAGUCCAGGUUCUCAUACAUAACGAAAAACAAAAAGUGAAACACAUUGGUGAACCAGAAGAAUAUCACAUAACAGAAAGAUGGAGAGGAGUUGAACAACCACUCGACCCAAACUCAAGAAUUCUUGACAUUUGGAAUGCUUGGUCGUCCGCUCAAGAAGAAAUAAAAAUAUCUCUUCGAAGAAUAAAAAAUGAUAGAACAUGCAAGAGAAGACUACGAAGAGCGGACUCAGCCACAUGGUCAGAUAAAAAUUCAUGGAAAACGAUCCAUCCUAAGAGACUAACAACUUUACAAAAUGACAAAGAACCCUCGAAUACAGAAGAAUUAUUGAAAUUAGUUUUAGCACAAGGAGAAGUGAUAAGAAGGCAACUCAAAAAAUUGAGGCAUAGUGAACAUCAGAUUGGAUACCUUGAAGACAAAACGCAUAAGGCACGAGUAAGAAAACAUGGCAGCAACUACCUUCUGGAAACUUACCUGAAAGGACUUCCUGACGCUGUCAAUCCAGACCAGGAGGAACAUGUCAUUACCGACAAAAACAGUGACAGUGGCGUGGUUACAGAAGGAGAUAGCGAGCAAUCUAACAACAUCAAAAAGCCUAAGUCAGAGAAUGCCUUGGAAAGGUUUUCACCGUCUUCCGAAGAGUUUCACCCAGAAGACAUCAAAGAUGACGAUUCGAGUUCUAAUGUUAGUAUAUCAGGAUUAAAGGAGCAUCAAGAACUGUUGAAAAAAAUUUCCAAAGUGAACAAACAGCUUAUGAAGCAAGAAGAAUGCCUGGUGAGGUUAGAGGUGAAUCUUAAAAAGUACGAGAAGUAUAAAAAUGUUACUGAAGAGGUUACCGAAUCUUUGACCAGUCUUAGGACAGAAAUGGCGAAGAGUGCUUGUGAAAUGCAACAUUAUGAAGUAGUUCUGGAGGAAACCAACGAACUGAUAAAUAGCAGAAGACAUUUUCUGGAGAAUCUCCAUAAAGACAUAAUGAAAGAAGAAGAGGAGUAUGAGAUGCUUCAAGCUUUGCUCUUCAGUGCAAAACAUCAGAGGCAUCCUGUGAACAAAAUCAGUCAAAAUUACCUUCCCCACUCUUUCAAUCACAAAAACCACAAUACCAAAGAAAUGUUAGAUACCUUAGUUUAAGAAAAAUAUCGUUAAUACCAAAAAUUUUGUACCUAAAACCCCAAUGUCAUUUAUUUUAUGUUGAUGAUUAAGAUGUAUAAUAAAAUGUUUUUAAAAAAUCUUCAAA